AUGGAAAAAAAAUAUUGGACUUUAAAUGAUCCUUAUUUAAAAAUUAGAAAUUUUAUUAAUGAAUGGAAAAUUAAAUAUUCAAAUAUUAAUGAUAAUGAAAUUAAUAAUAUUAAUACUGGUACUUUAUAUUUAAAAUAUAAUGAUUAUAAUAAUAUAUUGACUUUUAUGGAAGGUAAUAGACCAUUUAUGGAAUUUAAUAAUAUUGAUUUAAAUUUAAAUUUAAAUAAUAAUUAUCAUAAAUAUUUAAAUAUUUCAAAUAUAAUUACUGCUCCUUCUAUUGAUCAAAUUAAUUUAUUAAAAUUAUUUGAUGAAACUGAUCCACAUAAAAAUUUAACUAAAUUAGUUUAUAAAAGACAAAGACGUCCUAAUAAUAAUAAUAGAAAUAGAAAUAAUAGAAAUAAUAAUAAUAGAAAUAGAAAUUAUGAUAGAAAUGAUAAUUAUGAUAGAAAUAGAAAUGAUAAUAAUAGAAGUAGAAAUUAUGAUAGAAAUUAUGAUAGAAAUGAUAAUAGAAAUACUACUAUUGAAGAUAAGAAUAAUGAUAAAAGUAGUUAUGAUAAUAGAAGAGAUGAUAGAGAUAAUAAUUAUAGAAAUUAUGAUAGAAAUUAUGAUAGAAAUAGAAGUUAUAAUGAUAAUAGAAAUGAUAAUAGAAAUUAUAAUAAUAAUAAUUAUAAAAGAAGAGAUAAUAGAGGAAAUACUUUUUAUAAUGAAAGAAAAGAUAAUGAUAGAAAUAAAUAA